CAACAUUCAUCUCUCCUCAAGGAACAGAAGAGCAACAAUCAUCUAACAACAAGAAUGUCUAAUGUUCUAAACUUAGAGAAUGCCUCCACUCUGGAGACCGCCAUGCAGCUGAUGAUCCAGACGUUCCAUAAGUACUCUGGAAAUGAGGGCGACAAAUAUACUCUUAGCAGACAGGAACUCAAAGAGAUGCUAACGCAGGAGCUGGGCAACUACCUUGGGAACGCACAGGAUAAGAAUGCGGUAGAUAAAGUUAUGGGAGACCUGGAUUCAAACAACGACGGUGAGGUAGACUUCACAGAGUUCGUCAUCCUCGUUGGUGCCCUCACUGUCGCCUGCAAUGACUUCUUCCUCGAGUAUCACGAAAAGGAUGGAAAGAAGGUUGAAAAGAAAGAGUAGAGCUGCAUUUCUCUGAACAAAAGCCAACACAUGACCAGAGAAUGAUGAUGAGGGGGAAAUGAGGGGAGAAGGGGAAUAUGUGUAUGUGUGUAUGAAUCUUCCUUAGGCUACUGAUACUAAAAAAGGUUUCACAUCAUCUCUGCAUCCACAUCCUGCAUCCAUACAAUCCUGGGUACACAAAAUGUUCCAUGAGGCACAACAUGUUUCCGUCCCCUGAACCUAUUAGGAAUGAAAGCAUUAAGAAUGAGAUUUUG